UGACCUCCAGAUAAUUUGUUUACUUGGAGACUUGUCUUUCAUUAGCACCUCUGCAAAAGAUGGAACUGUAAAUGGUAUCCAUAGAAACAUUUCAAACAUAUUGUGUUCAUACGAAAGUUUUGACACAGAAACAACCGAUGAAAAAUAUGGGUGACUCAAAAAUUCACCCCACAAAGACUCAACAACACACUCAUGAGGGACGAUCAGUGUCCACUGAUUCCAUUAUUUCUCUGACUCCGUCACAGAUCAAUGACGCAAUAACGAGCAUGCUGAGCAUGAGACAAGUAGCAACAAAGUGCGACGCUGUUUGUAGAGGUAACCCAAUUACAGAUGCUGGAAAACGCAAGCAAAUGAUAAAGAUGUUGUCCGUAGUUAUGAUUCCAGUACUUGUAAUUACAGGGAUGACAGCAAAUACCUUCAUUAUUGCAAUAGACAGCUAUAUUAGUUCAUCCAGCGUUCGAGAACUACUGUCUUUCAGUAUAGAGCUCGGUGCUUUACUCCGUACCAUACAGUUUGAACGGGAUAUGAGUGCACUCUAUGUCAGUAAUAUAAAGCCUGAGACAAAAGAUUUCUUGCUUCAACGGUAUCCUGACACAGAUCUAGCUAUUCAGAAUUUAUCAAAAUGGCCAAGAGGUGACGACAUUAUAAACGAAAUGGAGACACGGGAGCGUUUUUUGUCUUACCUUAACAAACAUAGGUACCAACUAGACGUUUACAAUCAGUCAGUGGAAACGGAACUAAAUUUUUACUCUAACAGCAUCAUGGUCUUAUUAACAUGGUUGUAUGAUUCCGUCAGCGAGUCCAGUACAGGUUCAGUCUGGAAAGAUGUUGUAGCUUAUCAAGAAAUUAUCGUGUCCAGCGAACUAUUUGGAAGAGAAAGAGCAUUAGGUGUAUCAUUCUAUGCGACGGGCGGAUUUGAGACAAGAGAAGAAUAUUUGCUAUUUAUGGAAAAUCAGGAUAGAGCUAAUGUGACGUUCGAGUCCGCAAGAUUUUAUUCGCAAAUAGCAUUUGAUAUUUAUAAUUUCGAAUUGGCUAAGAAUGCAAAUGUAAGUGGGCGUAUAGAAGAGUUCAGGAAUCGAAUCAAGUCAAAUAACUAUUCCCGUGAAUCAGCAUCAAUUACGGAAGCACAGAUGUGGUUUGAUAACAUGACUAUAUACCAAGGCGUUUUGACAAGGACACAGAACGCACUUGCACUUACAAUAGACGAGAAUCUUGCCAAAGCCUCGGACGAGGAACUGAAGAGUGUUAUCACUAUUUGUAUUGUUUUUGGAGUUAUUUUGAUUGUUUGCCCACUGAUUGUUUUUGCUGUCUACUCACUUACAUCGGAAAUUCAAAAGUACUCCAUCUCAAUUGCAAAUAGAACUAAGGCACUUAAUAAAGAAAAGAAAUUGACAGACAUGCUCUUAUAUCAGAUGUUACCUAGAGAGGUAGCAGAAAUGCUGAAAAGAAGUGAACAGGUUAACGCAGAGCAGUACAGUGAGUCCACUAUAUUCUUCAGUGAUAUAGUAGGAUUCACAUCCAUUUCUGCUCAGAGCUCUCCGUUGCAGGUUGUGGACAUGCUGAAUAAUUUGUACUCUUGUUUUGACGAGAGGAUUGAUGUUUAUGAUGUGUACAAAGUAGAAACAAUUGGGGAUGCUUACAUGGUCGUUUCAGGUGUACCAAAGCGUAAUGGUAUACGCCAUGCGUCUGAGAUAGCUACAGUGGCCCUGGAUCUUCUUGAUCACGUGAAGAAACUCGAGAUUCAGCAUCUUCCCGAAACUAAGUUUAAACUCAGAAUUGGAGCGCAUUCAGGUCCUGUAUUAGCUGGAGUUGUAGGAACUAAAAUGCCGCGAUAUUGUUUAUUUGGAAGAACGGUCAGCAUUGCAUCAAAGAUGGAGUCUCAAGGACGAGCCAACAAGAUACAAAUAAGUCAAACAACUAGGGAUCUUCUAAUUACGAUUGGUGGGUUUGUAAUGGAUGAAAGAAGAGACAGUGAAAUGCGAACGGAUCGGGAUGUCAUGAAUGCUUUCAGUGACAUGGUUCGCACUUACUGGUUACAGCGCCGUGAUGGGUUUACAGGGAACUUCUCAGAUGCUUCUGGAAAUUCCACUGAUGAAGAAACACAUUUUUCAACAAAUAAAUCAGGAGGUUUGAAGUCUUACUACCCGCAUUGAAGUAAACUCGAACACUCUGUACAUAUAGAAUUAAAACAAUGACAAUUUUAGUUUUGGGCAAGCGUAGUUUGAUUAUAUCGCAGAUUAGACAUGAGUGUAUCACUCGUUACUCGUUACUUCUUUGCUCAUUUUAGAGUGCUGUGAUGAUUGUAUAUAUUAUCUAUUUCAUUUUUUGUACUACACUGGUGGUUAUGGCGUCAAAUCAUCUCAUGAUGCACC